AUGUUGUAUGUGCGACACAGAGAUGGAAGUCCAUUCCCUCUGCUCUAUCCUCGUCGUCAUAACAACAAUCAUACCAUCACUGCCAUCAUCAUCAUCAUCAUCAUCAUCAUCAUCAUCAUCAUCAUUAUCUGUAUUAUGAUCAUUGCUAUCAUCAUUGCUAUCAUCAUCGUCGUCUACUUGAUACCUCCAGUUGUCAAAGUCAGGCAGCUACCUCCGUAA